AUGACAAGUCUCGACGACAGUAUAAUCUCGAGGCAGAACCUCAUGCUGCUUGACAAUGUGACAAACUACAACAAGGCCGCAAUAGACUACUUCCACCACAAGUUCAGCGACGAGCUGCUGGAAUUACCCGUAUCCUGGACGAUGCUGCUCAAGAUGCGGAAACACAAGCUGCUACGGUUGCCCAGCUGCGCUAUCGAGGACGACGACGAUUACCGCAUGUACCUCGUGCGGUUGCACCACUGUCUCUGGAGACGCUGGUCUAUAAAUUACUACAAACUGAACAAGACGAAGUUAAACCCGCUGGCGAUCAACUGGAAUAAAGAAACGGACGUUACAGUGCUCUACGGGCCAGAUUUGCUUCCCGCGAAGGACGGCCAUGCCUCGUCGUUCCAGCAACAACUGCACGAGGACGGUGCAAGGUUACGUUCGUCGUUUUUGAAGGACCCAGUUUACGAAGAUAUCGAUGAGUCGUACGAUAGUGCAGAUGACUCGCUGUCCUGUGCGCUAUCAUCCUCAGUGGAUUCUCACACAGAGUCCAUCUUCGACAGAGCCUCGUGUUUGAAACAGUCUCCUCGGCACUACCGUCCGAAACAAUCCCUCCGGUUCAAAAAUACAGUGCUAAAGCGUACUCUGGACGAAAAGGACCACCCAUUGGAAUCCUCCGUCUGUAUCAACGACAUUUACGCUGGUCGCGGCGUAGAGUACAUACUCCACCCGCACAGAAGACACUCCAAACGGUGCAACAAGGUCAAAUCCACGGCGAGUCGCCAGCAGAGCGAUAUCGUCAGCGAUACAGAGGAGGCAAAAGAGUUCAGGGCCAUCCUGUCGGAUGUCCGCGUAUAG